AUGUGGCGCCGAUCCCUGUUGCAGUUGCCAACGCGCCAGCGCCAGCCAUUGAUCGCACGCUCGCAGCGCUGCUGGCUGUCGUCCACGACGUUCACAGAAGAGGAGAAGGAGCUGCUGAAUGGACCGCGCGAGGCGAUGGACUACGACGUCGUACUGGUGGGCGCGGGUCCCGCGGGUCUUGCCGCUGCGAUCCGCAUGAAGCAGCUGUCGGCCGAGAAGGGCACGGACCUGUCGGUGUGCGUGGUCGAGAAGGGCGCGGAAGUGGGUUCGCACAUGGUGUCGGGCAACGUGCUCGAGCCACGCGCGCUGAACGAGCUCCUGCCAGACUGGAAGGAGCGGAGCGCUCCGCUCGACACGCCCGUGACAAAGGACCAGUUUCUGUUUCUGACUGAGACUAAGUCGAUGGCGCUGCCGCACUUUUUGCUGCCACCAGAAGAGCAUAACGACGGCAAUUACGUGAUGAGUCUGAGCAAGUUUGCGCGCUGGUUGGGCGAGCAGGCAGAGGAGCUUGGGGUGGAGAUUUAUCCCGGUUUCUCGGCCUCGGAGGUGCUGUACCGCGAAGACGGAGCGGUGGCUGGGAUUGCGACGCGCGACGUGGGGGUUGGAAAGGACGGGAAACCCAAAAGCACGUUCGCUCGUGGCAUGGAGCUGCGUGCGCGUGUGACGCUCUUUGCUGAAGGCUGUCGCGGAUCGUGCAGUGAGGAAGUGAUGGAGAGGUUUAAUUUGCGUGACGGCGUUCAGCCUCAGACGUACGGUCUUGGUGUGAAAGAAGUGUGGCGUGUUCCAAAGGAAAAGCACCAACCGGGGCUUGUGCAGCACACGCUGGGAUGGCCUUUGCAGCAGUCACUGAUGGAUAAGACGUUUGGUGGUUCUUUUAUGUAUCAUAUGGAAGACGAUCUUGUCCAGAUUGGGCUGGUUGUGGGUUUGGAUUACGAGAACCCUUACAUUAAUCCGUACGAGGAAUUUCAGCGGUUCAAGACGCAUCCUGCAAUUCAAAAGUAUCUGGAAGGAGGCGAGUGCGUGCAGUAUGGUGCUCGCUGCUUGAAUGAAGGCGGCUACCACGCGAUUCCGAAGCUGACAUUCCCUGGCGGUGGGUUGAUUGGGUGCUCGGCUGGAUUCCUUAACGGUGUGAAGAUCAAGGGUACGCAUACUGCUAUGAAGUCAGGUAUGCUCGCUGCUGAGGCUGCACAUGAAGCUUUGAUUGCCACUGGCGUGGAACCUGUGGCUGAAACGGCCGAGAUUAAUCCGGAAGAGCCUGCACUCGACAUAUCGAGCUACGAGGGUGCGGUUGAGUCAUCAUGGAUUGCUGAGGAGCUGAAGGCUGUUCGCAAUGUGCACGCUGGUUUUCACAAGGGUUUCCUGCCUGGUCUACUUUACGCCGGAGUGGCUACGCACGUUCUGAGAGGAAAGGAACCUUGGACUAUCCCGAACACUAUCGCAGACUCGGAUAAAACACGCCCGGCCAAGGACUUCACGCCCAUUAGCUACCCAAAACCGGACGGUGAGCUGACGUUUAACUUACUUUCGAACCUGCAGCGCAGCGGCACCAACCAUAAUCACGACCAGCCAUCACACUUGCGCAUCAAGCCGGAACUUGCCGAGGUGCCUUCGACAGAGUCGUUUCCUGUGUAUGCUGGACCGGAGCAGCGCUUUUGCCCUGCCGGCGUCUACGAAUACACCGAUGGUAGCGAGGCCGACGGAGUCCCGCAACUCGUGAUUAACGCUCAAAACUGCGUCCACUGCAAGUGCUGUUCGAUAAAGAUGCCGAAGGAGUACAUCAAGUGGACAGUUCCCGAGGGCGGAGGUGGCCCUGCUUAUGAGCUUAUGUAG